AUGGAAAACUACACGACGUGGAGUAAUUUCACCCAAGUUCUGUCGGAGCUGGACGGGACAAGCGGCGAGGAAGAGGAGGAGGACGAGGAGGAGGAGGAGGAGGACGGUGGGACCGCUGGAGGAAACGGAGGACUGCGCGUCCUCGUCGGCUGCGUCCUCUUCCUGCUCAUCGUGUCCACGCUGCUCGGGAACACGCUGGUGUGCGCCGCCGUGGUCCGGUUCCGACACCUGCGCUCCAAGGUCACCAACUUCUUCGUCAUCUCUCUGGCCGUGUCCGACCUGUUCGUGGCCGUGCUGGUGAUGCCCUGGGAGGCCAUCACCGAGGUGACCGGCACCUGGCUGUUUGGACGGUUCUGCGGGGUCUGGAUCGCGUUCGACAUCAUGUGCUCCACAGCCUCCAUCCUGAACCUGUGCAUCAUCAGUGUGGACCGCUACUGGGCCAUCGCCAGCCCGUUCAAGUACGAGCGGAAGAUGACUCACCGGGUGGCGUUUGUCAUGAUCGGGGUGGCGUGGUCGCUGUCCAUCCUGAUCUCCUUCAUCCCGGUCCAGCUCAACUGGCAUCAGGUCGGAGAGGAGGGAGAAGAAGACCUCAACGCCAGCACCGCCGCCAAGAGCUGUGUCGCCAACCUGAACAAAACCUACGCCAUCUCUUCCUCCCUCAUCAGCUUCUACAUCCCAGUGGUGAUCAUGAUUGCCACCUACACCCGGAUCUACAGGAUCGCUCAGACCCAAAUCCGCCGGAUCACGUCUCUGGAGAGGGCGGCGGAGCAGGCACAGAACCAAGGCCACGGAAUGAACCGGAACCAGCAGCAGCAGCACAGGCCCAACGAUGAAGCCUCGCUGAAGUCGUCGUUUAAGAAGGAGACCAAAGUCCUGAAGACCCUCUCCAUCAUCAUGGGGGUGUUUGUCUUCUGCUGGCUGCCGUUCUUUGUCCUCAACUGCACAGUCCCGUUCUGUGAUCCGCCCUGCGUCAGCGACACCACCUUCACCGUCUUCGUCUGGUUCGGCUGGGCCAACUCCUCCCUCAACCCGGUCAUUUAUGCAUUCAACGCAGACUUCCGCCGGGCCUUCGCAACCAUUCUGGGUUGCAACCAAGCGUGCUCCAACAACGCGGUGGAAGCCGUGAACUUCAGCGACGAGCUUGUUUCCUACCACCAUGACACGACGCUCCACAAGGAGACUCUGGUCCCCACGCAGCCGCAACAACAUCCACGCAACAUCAACGUCGGGUCCGACCACCUGGAGGACAUGAGCCCACAGUUUGACGAAGAGUCGAUCAUCUCCAACGGUUCUCGGAGCGACAACAGACUGCCGCUGCUUCCUGCCACCGUCCAGCUCGAGGAUGACCCGGAAAUCUCGUUGGAAACGAUCACGCCGUUCACGUCAGCGGCGGGGCUGGAGAGUGAUGCUCUAUUACCAGGACAAAUCCACCAGGAUGGAUAG